GGUCGUGAUACAAAUCAGCUUCGUUUCCUGAAGACAGUUAUAGAUGGCCUAUGGAAGCACAGAUACGCCUGGCCAUUUCGGCAGCCUGUUGAUCCUGUCAAGCUUCAAUUACCGGACUACUUCAAGAUCAUCAAGAAGCCGAUGGAUUUAGGCACAAUAAAGCGAAAGUUGGAAGGGAAAAUGUAUCAUUCUGCAAAAGAAUGUAUGGAUGAUAUUCUCCGAACAUUCACUAAUUGCUAUACUUAUAACAAAACCAGCGACGAUAUUGUUCUAAUGUGCGAAGAAUUAGAAAAAGUAUAUAAAAAGAAAUUAGCUCAAAUGCCUGCACAGGUAAAGUACAUAAAAAAUACCUAUAAUGUAAAGAAAGGCGUUAAAAGAAAAGCUGACACAACAACACCGACACCGAUUCAUACAAUUCCCGCCAAAUCAGAAUCCAAUAGAAAUCAGUCGAAACGACGGAUUAAGAAGCCAGUUCUUAAGGAGUUAAUGCUGAAGAAGCAUCGAGCUUACGCGUGGCCAUUUUAUGAGCCAGUCAACGCAGAAAAGCUUGGACUUACCGAUUAUUAUGAAAUUAUAAAGCAUCCUAUGGAUCUUGGAACUGUUAAGGAUAAAUUUGAAAAAUUAGAGUAUAAAGCUAUUAAUGAAUUCGCUGCUGACGUACGAUUGAUCUUUACCAAUUGUUACAAAUACAAUCCUUCUGAUCAUGAUAUUGUAAACAUGGCGAGGAGAUUGCAGGAUGUAUUUGAAUUUAAGUAUGCUCAAAUACCUGAUGAAUCUACCAAUACCAAGGGUAAAGCUUCAAAAAAAUCAUCUCAAGGUACGUCUAAACCUAAACCUAAGCAGCCUGUCAAAAAGAAACAACGAAAGAAAACGCCUCCACCAAAAAAAAGAAAAAAGUCUUACAAUUCUGAGGUACUGGAUGUCGAGCCUAUGACAUACGAUGAAAAGAGGCAGCUUAGUCUCGAUAUAAACAAAUUGCCAGGAGACAAACUAGGCCGUGUCGUGCAUAUUAUUCAAUCAAGAGAACCAGCAUUGCGUGAAUCAAAUCCUGAAGAAAUUGAAAUAGACUUUGAAACUUUGAAACCUUCUACAUUACGCGAAUUGGAACGCUAUGUACAGUCAACUUUAAAGAGACAAAAACGACCUAGCGUCAAGAAGGCUGAUCCGGUUGUUUUAGGAAAAGAACAUGCAAAGAAGAAGGAAGAAUUAGAAAGAAGGUUGCAAGAUGUAAGUGAUAGGUUAGGCUCCGCACCUCCAAUCAAGAGAAAGAAAGUAAUUGAUGUAGUUGGCAGUCGUGCUGCACGGUUAAGCGAAACCAGCGACUCAGAGUCGUCUGGAUCUUCUUCUGACUCUGAAUCCAGUUCAGGAUCAUCAUCAGCAAGUUCUAGUGAAUCAGAAUCAGGUAGUAAUUAG